CUUGAUUCAAUCUUCCCUGUGAAACUUUUUCUAUUUUGCAAAUCCUAGUUUCCUUUGUUCAUGUCUCGUAAUCCAUAUUUUUAAAGGCGUACAUUCAAUUCGCUACCAGGAAACAGGCUGCCCUCGUCUCGCAGGUGAGAACAAUAAUCCACGCAAAACCUUUGCAAAUCAAAACAAAUACAUAUGAAUCCACAUACAAUCCACCAACUCCUUUCUUCUCUCUUUCUUCCUUACAUAACAAACGCGACUAGAAGUCACAGAAGAAGGCUUUGUUCCAAGCCAGCACCAAAUUAUAUGAACAAUGCAUUGUUCCUUUGCCUUUUAUCUUGUUCUCCGAACAAUCACAAUCCCCACAACGCCUUCGCUUGUUUCCUGCCUGUAUAUAAACUCUCGAGCAUCAUUAUCCCCUUCUUCGAGAUCUUCGUAAGUUUUGGACUAAUACAGGUAGGGCAGACUCUAGGUUUCACAAUGAACAUGGCUACUCAAAUCGCUGAGAUCCAUCUCGCCGCGGCUUUCACGACGAUAAAUAUCAUAUUGCUUGGUGCAUUCCUCGCCACUGCCUGGAAGCGGGAACGGGAGUGCGGGAGCAAACGCCGCAGUCGUAACUUCAAACCGAUGAAAAUUUAGGAUUGCAAUUAUAAAGUGGGUUUCGGGUUUCUUCUGAUAGACUAGAAGGUAUGAACUCUUAUAUAUUACCUUACGUAGUAA